AAAAAUAUCUAUCCAUUUAAAAUUGAUUAAUAUAAAUGUUAAAUUUUAUUAACUACAUCUUUUUAUAAUUUUGUUUCUAAUAUUUAACGCGGAACAGUGCAUCAUCCCAUAGAUACCUAUUGUAAAUUCGGCCAGACUCCAAUGGGGACGGCGGAUGACAGGGUCUUUCCGACAUUAUCGGGUGAAAUCAGUUUUUGAAUUAAAGCCGAAAUAGCAGAUUUAAUAAUUUACAACAGUUAAAUAUUUUAAAUAUUUCACAAUAAAAUAAAAAUCAAACAGAAGACGUUUCUUUAUUUAUAAACAAUUUUGAAGUAAUGUUAGUUUAUCCGGUAGAGGACUCAAGUUACCACACCGAUUUUCUUCUGCUCGAAGCGUGUAAACCGUAGAGUUAAUUCGUAAACAAAAAGAAGUCAGUAGAUUCUAUCGUAAAAUAAAAAUGGAUGUUAAUAUCUUAAACGUGGCCAAACUGAUAUUCAAUGACGUUUCAUCAAGGUUUUUUAAAGAGACACCAAUUACAGCCGAAGAAAUUGAAUUGAAAGAUCGUAUAGUAGAAGUUAUCGAGAGUUACGUGAAAUCGACACCUAUUUUCAUUAAAUGCGAUCCAGAUUUGGAGAUGAUAAAGCAGGAAUCUGAUAUAGAGGUGGGAAAGGAGGGAAAUCUUGAUCUGAAUGAGAGUGAAAAUGAAAUUGAGAGUUUUGAGGAGUCGUCGGGGGAGGAGAGUCCAGAUUAUCAUAUACCAAGUCCCGAUGGAAAACAGAGAAUGGAAGUUUCCUUCGACGACAAAAAACGUGCUGUCGAAUAUUGGUUGAGUGGGAAGAAGGGUAGAUUGCAUUGGCGGACUGUGGCCAAUACUUUUCGUUUUGUAAAAUCUCCUCGACAACUCUAUCGCUUUAAAAAACAGAUUGAUAGAAGAGGAUCGAAAGAACAUAAAAUGAGAAUUUUAUGGAAUUAUACUCUUAAUAAAUUAAAAUUGGCAAAAGAACAGAAUAUGAAUAUUGGCGAUACCGAUCUGAGAAAAUGGGCUCUUGACAAAAAUCUUGAGGUUCAGUUAGAUACUUUUAAAGCUUCGAGGAGUUGGAUCCAAAAGUUGAAAAGGCAUUACAGAAAUUUCUCUCGAGAAGAAAAUUUUCAGUAAUGCAUUGUUAAAAGUAUGGUAAAUUUAAAUUGUUGGUAAAUAAAAAAAUGAUAAAUAUUAAGUGUCAAUAACAGAUGCUAAAAUAUUUAAUGAACACAAUAAUUUAAAUAUAUGGACAAAUAAAUCUGUCUAUAUGUUUUUAAAAUAAUCUGUUAUCAUCUGGGAUGGAAGAUUUUCAUUGAAUUCAAAAGUAUCAUAUGGAUAUGAAUUCAAACAUUAAUACACUAAGUGAAACUAAAAAUGUAAACAAAAUGAAUAUAGAUAUUGAAAAUAUUUUUUUCUAAAUAUUAAUCUUUUAGAUAAUUAUGAUGCAUAAGGUGGGUACUCUCAUUAGUUUCCACAUCUUACAACAACAUUAACUGAAAAAUCAAAUAAAAGGGACUAUUAUCAGCUAACCAAAGUUUGAUAACAAAUCACUAUAAUGAAAUAAAUUCUGGAGGAAAGUAUAAGAAUCAAGAAAAUACUUUUAACAAUUUACAUCAAUCUGUUUGAUGUAUUUUUCAGAAUUGGAAGUAUUCAUCUUUUAUAUAUUUUUAAAUUCAUUCAAUGAUACUGUGCAAAACUUAAUAAAAUUUUCUACAGCAUUUUUGAAGCUAUGAUAUUUAAUUUAUCAAAAUAUAUCUAUUAAAUAGAAAA